AAAUGGACGAAGGCGCGUCAUAGCUUGGCUGGGAUCAUUGUUGAUUUUAUUCAUUUCCAUUCUGCCAAAACCAUAAUUCCUUCCCAUUUCCUCAUCUCGACGACGAUGAUGGAGCUAUUAAGCUUCCACUCCUGGAGCUCCUAAAUAUGUAUGUAUAUAUAUUCUCCUUCCAUCUCCGCCUCUCUCGCCUUCUUCUCGGAGCGGGACGUCAUUGACGACGGGCUUGGAAUAUGGAUCACGAUUUCGAUAGCCUCGAUGAUCAUUCCCUUACGAUAUCUGACGUCGAUCCUGAAUAUGAGUUCGAUGCAGCUCGGUUCUUCGAUUUCACUCGUCCUGAAUCACCUUCCGAGGCUGAAGAAGCUCAAAACUGGUUUCCAUCUACUUUCGCGACGAGGUUGCACCGAAUGGAAUAUAGCAAACUCAAUAACUCGGACGCUCCUCCCAAGUCAAAUCAUGGUGGAAAUAUGACUAAUAUUUGCACUGCCACUGAUGUUGACUUUGAAACUCAAGCUUCUGUACUCUAUGAUAACGACAGAGGAUCUCAUCAAAGGAGCAUGACUGAAGAUGUUUCAAAAGAUAAAACAAAAAGUAGUGCAAAAUCAUCAAAGACAAAGAGUUCAACAUUCAUGAAACCUACAGCAAGCCAUUUGGCCAAGAUAAACCAUGCAAGAGAAGGUUUUGGUAAUCACUUUGGAAGGUCUAAGAGUUCAUCCAUAACUAGCGAUGACAGGAGUUCCCAGAGUAGUCGUGUUGUUGAAGCAACCAAAAGACAAAGGCUGGAAUAUGGCUAUUUAUGUAAGGUUCGACCAGUUGAUGUUAGUAUAAUAAAUUGUAGGCCUAAAGUUACUAAACCAAGAGAGCCUAUCCUUGAAACAGCAAUUAGAGCACAAAGACACAGGUUGAAGAACACCAUAGAGAAUGGUGAACGUGCAAAAAAAGCUGCUCAUAUAUGCAAAUCUUCUUCAUUUAGACAUGCAAGAAAAAACACAUUUUCUCCAGUAAUUCAAGCCUUCCCCUUGAAGAAUGCAAAGACAAGACAACAACAGUUCCCUUCUGAUGUAAAGACCAAUCAGAGCUGUAAGCCUGCUUCAAGAGCGAGCGUAAUAAACGCCCUAAAGAUGAGCUGUGGAGACAACACCAGUAAGAACUGUGAGUAUGAUAUAAUGAAAAGAGAAGCAGCCUGUCUGCUUGAUAAUGAGGAACUUACACUACUAAACGAAGACAACAGCUUUCCCCAUAAUCCACCACCCACAGAAUUGUUUGGCAAGCUGUCUCUGAAAUCUGAACCAGAGCUAAUUACGGAAUCAGUAGCUAAGGAUUAUAAAGAAAAUAUACCAGGUUGCUUCAAUCGAGAAAUUCAGAACUAGGGAAAUGGAGUGAAGAUAAAUGAGUGUUUCCACGUGGCAUAUUCAACCCUUCUGUGAUAAGGUAUUACUAAUGAAUUUUGCUAAUGAUAAUGUCCUACUUUAGUUUUCUCUAAGCAAGUGUACAUAUAUAUAGCUAUCUCUCUCUGAUGUUAUUAAUAUUUUUUUUUAAAUAAUAUAUAUACUGUAUAAUAAAUAA